AUGAACACAUAUCCUACUAUCACCAUCGACUUGAUCCUCGAUCGAGUCACCAUCAAAGAUGUUCUUCACGCCAUACUCGAUGCCAUUCUUUUUCACCGCUUAUUUGGAACAGUGAAGCCAACGACGAGGGAGGUGUUCGGUGUGACUAUGCCAGGUGUGUCAGACGCCGAGAUGGGACAGCUUGUAGAGGAAAAGGUAGAAUUAUUUUGGAAGGGAAUCGAGGAAGGGAUGAGCAAACGGGGUCAGAUCAUAAUAACUUUCUCUGAAAAACGUCCCAAGAAAAGCUGGUUCCAAGUCUACGUUGGCGAAGAAGAUGUACCUUGGGAACAGUGGAUAAUCAAUGCGGAAAUCCAACAGCCACGCGACAGAGACCGACAAAAAUUCGAUGCUGCCCUUUCGAACACCUUGACCAAAGCCAUCCACACAAUGCUCACGCAUACCUCGUCCGAUCGUGGUCGCACUGCUGUUCCACUUAUCACGAACGCCACAGGAAUAUCUCCGUUUCCUAUCAGGAUCGCCGUGAAGGUUGGGGGAGUUGAGAUUGGUUGA